GUCCAGAGUGUACGGCUGUGGGUGUCUGGAUCACUGACAGUGUGUGGUUGUCAUUAUGUGUUUGUAAUUAUUUGUAGCUUUGUGUGUGUGUGUGUGUGACUCAUUUGCUUAGGCAUGGAAUUUAUCAUGAUAUAUAUAAAGUAAUACGAGAUCCUGCCCUCAUGGUGCCCUCCUACUCCACCAGGGUAGGAGAUGGGAAGAGAUAGAUGAUAAUCAAGAAAUAAAUAAGAGUUUUGUAAAUUGUCCCAAAUUGUGUAAAGGACAUAAACGGGGUACUGGAAAUGGAAAGUAACCAGGGAGAGCUACUUAAAUAGAAGUAAUGAAAGAGGGCUCUCUCUUUCAAGGUGACAUUGAGCUGAGACUGGAAAGGUGAGUGAGAAAUAGCCAUGUGAAGAACUGAAAGAAUAGGGUUCCAGGCAGAGUGAUCAGAAAGUGCAAAGGCCCUGAGGCUGCCUGUGGGCUCUGCCUACAAGAAUGUUUUUAUGCAUGCUUAUUACAGUCUCCUGUGUCUGUACCUGAAGACAGGUGGCCAAGUGGGGCUGUGCGGCUUUCACAAAAUGGAGAGAUCUGGCCUGACUCAGACUGUGCAGCGCCACGUGGAUCCUGAAGCCCAGCAGAAGACGGUCAAGUGUGCUGUGCAGGACUACCGCUAUAAGAGUUCCAUACCAGGCCACCCCUACUUGCCUGAGAAAUACUGGCUGUCUCAAGAGGAAGACAAAUGCAACCCAAACCACCUGUGCGGUAACCAGUACAAUACAUGGAAGAUGGGACCUUACAACUGUACGGGCUGGAACAAAUGUGCCACAUACCUUCCUCGCCUGCCUAAGGAGGCCGGGAUGGAGACAGUAGUUCGAGGAAUGCCCUUGGUGUACCCUCCUAAGCCGGAGCGACUCAACGCCUACGGUAACGGAUGGUGGGACAGUGGAGGGAAAUGUGUAGGCCAGAAGGACGGAGGGAUGGAGACCCGAGAGCGCGAGGUAGUGGUGAACAUGCUGAACUCGCUGUCACGGAACAAGCCGCUGCCAGAGAUCACGCCCCGCUGUGGGUGUGUGGACCCGCUGCCGGGCCGCCUGCCCUGCCAGGGUUAUGAAAGCGCUUGCUUGGGCCGCCACUGUCUGCUUGGCAUGGACUACUGCGUCGCCGGGCCACCAUGCACCGAACGUCGCCUGCGGCUUUUGCGCACGGAGCGGCCGACUGCAAGGAGUGUAUCGCCCUGCAAGCACCGGCCGGGAAUGCAAUGUGCUGUUAUAGCUCCCCCGCCGUCAUACUACCCUUGUCCGAACCUUAGAUGGGACACAAGUCACUUCAAGAAGACAGGUGGUGCCCAGAGAAACAACUACGUCGUCCACCCUGAGUUUGUGUCUGAGACCUAUCCUGACUACCACUGCCGGUAGAGCCCGGGCUGGCCGGGCCAAGGGGGCUGAACAAUAAAUAAAUUCUUCAUCCUAAAGGCUGCCUCUCAUGUCCUUACCCAGCAGGAUCUGGCAAUGAGGAGCCAGUCACUCAGGCCUCUGCCAAGCCCCCUCAACUGAGAUACAGUUUCUCAAAGUCAUCUUGCCCUGAGCCCUCCCCACUCCAUCAUCUCAGUACUUCCCUUGGGUGGCCCUGAGUGCCCUCCUGACACAUGGCAGUAGCCCUAUGAGAGGCAUGACCUCCUCCUUUCCAUCCCAGAGCCCAAAAUAAUGGGCCCACCUAGCCAUGCAGGAGGGCCCAUCUACCUCCCAUCCUAUGAGGGCCCCACAGCUGCCAUUUCCCCAAUAUCCCCCAAACCUAGAUGUCCCUUCACCCCCAUUAUCUCAGUGGACCCAGAAUCGCCCAUCCUGCAGUCAGAGCCAUGUCCGUAUACUCAAAGCUCUUGAUCUCUGUUCCCAGAGUCUGCAUCACAGCGACUCCGAAGUCCAUGUUCAGAUACCCUUGCUGCCCUCCCCCACCCAAGUCCAAGAGGUCCAAAACAAUUUUGGAGGGUUUCAUGAUCAAGAAAUUUCAAAUUACAAAACAAAGCCCUGCAUCAUCAGAAAGUCUACAAACAACAAACGCUGGAGAGAGUGUGGAGAAAAGGGAAUGCUUUUGCACUGUUGGUGGGAAUGUAAAUUGAUACAGCCACUAUGGAGAACAGUAUGGAGGUUCCUUAAAAAACGAAAAAUAGAACUACCAUAUGACCCAGCAAUCCCACUACUGGCCAUAUACCCAGAGAAAACCAUAAUUCAAAAAGACACAUGCACCCGCAAUGUUCCUUGCAGCACUAUUUACAAUAGCCAGGUCAUGGAAGCAACCUAAAUGCCCAUCGACAGAUGAGUGGAUAAAGAAGUUGUGGUACAUAUAUACAAUGGAAUAUUACUCAGCCAUAAAAAGGAACGAAGUUGAGUCAUUUGUUGAGAUGUGGAUGGAUCUAGAGACUGUCAUACAGAGUGAAGUAAGUCAGAAAGAGAAAAACAAAUAUUGUAUAUUAACGCAUGUAUGUGGAACCUAGAAAAAUGGUACAGAUGAACCGGUUUGCAGGGCAGAAGUUGAGACACAGAUGUAGAGAACAAACGUAUGGACACCAA